AUGAAGCGCACGUCGUUAAGGGUGUUGCAUGCCACAUUGGCUCUUAUGCAGGGUUGGGGGAAAGGGUCUUCCUCCGGUGGCGGAUGGGGCGAUGAUGAUGGAGGAGCUGCGGGUGGCUGGGGCUCUGGCGGAGGAAGUGGAGGAGGCGGUGGCUGGGGUUCAGAUGGCGGAAGUGGAGGAGGUGGAGGCUGGGGUUCUGGCGGAGGAGGUAGAGGAGGCGGAGGCUGGGGCUCAGAUGGUGGAAGUGGAGGAGGUGGUGGACGCUGGGGCUCUGGCGGAGGAGGUAGAGGAGGCGGAGGCUGGGGUUCUGAUGGAGGAAGUGGAGGAGGAGGCGGCGGCGGCUGGGGAUCUGGCGGACGAGGAGGAGGGCGGGGUGGGGGCAGCCCGUGGAAUGAGGGUGAUGCCGGUUGGCAGGGAGCGUCUACAGGGGCACGUGCCAAUCGCGGACGUGGAAGUUUCCGCCGCGGACGGGGUGGGGGCACAGAUGGUGUCUGGGGACAGCCCAGCGCGGUAGACGAGGAGGCGUGGUCUGCUGCCCCACCUAGCUUUAACCCACCGGUGCGGCGUGUGGACCCCCUCACCCUUACUGCUGUGGAGGUGGAAAUUGAUGGUGUUAAAAAGUUGGUAGGUCAACGGGUGCAAGUAUCUGGACUUUCUGACGAAACCACAUGGCAUACGUUGAAGGAUCAUUUGCGCCAAGCAGGUGAGGUGACAUUCUGCAAGGUUUUUUCAGGCGGAAGGGCGGUGGUCGAAUUUGUUACCCCAGAGGAUGCUGCUCGUGCUAUUACGGAGCUACAAGCGUCAGAGUUGGAGGGGACGACACUGUUUCUUCGAGAAGAUAGAGAAGAUACUGUUCUCGUAAAUACGCGUAAAAAGAUAAGAGAGGCUCGGGAUGCUCAGCUUCGUGCACGAAAAGAAGAAGCAGAACAGCGACGACGAGAACAGGCUAUAUCAGAGGGCGAUAUGGAUUCGACCACAUCUGUAGCUGAAUCAAAAUCGAAGAAAGAGGAGAAGAAUACAACAGAAGCAACUGCGGCUUCCGUUAAUUAA